CAAGAAAAUUUUUGACGGUGCAACUGAUAUGUAAUUGAAAGCAACAGAGGAUUCCUAUCUUCUGUCAUAAUCAGCUGAUUCCAAAUUUGGUAAUUUCUUUAUUUGAAAAAAGUCUAUUAGGACGUUAGCCCAAAAAUGGUGCAGGGUAAAAAGUACAUAUACCCAAAUGGCCUUAAAAAAUGACAUUUUCACAUGAAUUUCUAAGUGAGAAUAAACGAUGAUUCAAAAUUUGCUUAUGUUUUCUGAAAAAAACAUUCUAAAUAGAGACAAAAAUGCAACACUUUUUGUUGUUUCUUUCUCGACUUUUUGCUUCAUCUAUCGGUUUUUUCUCUCCUUAAAUCCUCAUCCUCCAUCGUUUACUUUAAAGAAGUGCGACAAGGAAUGACCGGUGUUUUGUUUCAAAAGCCCCUCAUUUAUGUGUAACGAUAUGGGUUCUAUGACUGUGGGAUAAGCAGAUCGUUGAUCGCAGAGCGAUGGGCUAGGCCAAUGGGCCUAAGCCCCGAAUAAGUAGCGCACAAAGAUACUCUGUCUCGCUAUCGCUUCAAGAUUUUUUGAGGGUUGUUAUGGACUCUAAGGUGCAAAUUUCAAUUUUUACAGCUAGACAAACCUAGAUCUUAGGGGUUAUGCUCACAAGAAUUUUUCAUGAACGAUUCAUCUUUUUAUGAAAUUUUGGUAUAUUUGUGGAAAGAUGAACGUUCAAGGUAUCCAUUUGUCAAAGGCUAUGAUCGCAAAGUAACGAAUGAUUCACCGUAAUCUUCUACCUGUUUGUUGCCAUGACAAAGCUCCGUCAUUAGUUGCUGCUGUAAUCAAGUUGUUGCUGUUGCUGAUUCAUUCCAAAAUCAAACAGCGGUUGGACGAAAGAUCAGAAGACAGUUUUGUGGCAAAAUAAACCAUCAUGGAACCCGAAAGCAACCUUGCUGCAGGCAAAGAAAAUCCAGACAAAGAUAAAAAAGCUGCCCGUGGAAGGUCCAAGAAACGGGUGACAUCGAAAAAAGGCAAACCUCAGAAGAAACGACAGCCAUUUUCCCAUAUUGCUUCUGGGAUCCUCCCAUCUGCUGCUAUUGCCUCUGCAAGUCCUAAUGUUUUGAAGUAUGUUGGGAAGAACAGAUCACCAUCUCCAUUAGCAAGAGCUGUAUUCUUUGCUAGUAAAAUUGGCCAUGCUAUUGCAGCAGGACCCAAAUUGGACAGGUCUCUCUCUGUCCAGGAGCUGCACACUCAGUCAACUUCAGCAGGGCUUGCAGAGUCAAAGAAUCUCUCUAAGUCUCAUCCAGGACCAUCUAGUUUUCGAGAUGAGGAAGUUGAUUUUGCUGAUGGUGCCCAUUAUGAAUCGGUCAGAGAAUUCAAGUCCAAAACACACAUAAAAGAUAUUGUUAGGAGUCCAGUUGCUGGGAGACCACCCAUGCCAAUCCCAGAUGAAGGGGAUUUUGAAGAAAAUACACAUGUACCAGAUGGUCUCUAUUCUAAAGUUGCCAAACAGGGAACCAAAGUAGAAAAGCUACAGAAAAUGAGAGACCUCCAAGACGACAGUGAUGAAUUGACAUUUGUCAGUGAGAUGGAUGAGGACACACCCUCAAAAUCGUUUGUCAAGAGAGCCAAAGUGAAGCAACACCCAGAUUCUCAAAACGAAGAUUCCAGCAGUGGCCCAAGCGAUGGUGAAAUAUACCGCAUUCCUUUUGAUGCCAUUAACAAUGAAGCCUACUCUGGUGUGCAGUUCCAGACAAUCGAGGAACUUGAAAAUGAAAAUUUCACCAAAUCACGAUCUACUGAUGGCGUUGUUUCCCCUGCUAGUGUGCGAAGCAAAGCCUCUUCCCAUGGUUCCACUGGUUUCCCGCAGUUACAAAGAGUCACGUCAUUACAAAAUGUGAACAGCGAGCAAGAGCAAAGACAGUCUCGACCGCAAUCACCGCGUGAGAUGGGAAGAGAGGCUGCACUACGUAGGCUGGAAGAACUAGGCUUUGAUGCAAUCAGCAAAGAAUUUGGCAUGUCUCUUAACUCGAGCUACAAUAGUGGGGUUAACUAUGAGAACGUUGAAGAUCCGUUGUCUGUUAACGUCGUGGAAACGUCGCCCAGUGCUCUGCAGGAAGAACUCGAGCAAGCGUCUCCAAUGCGUGCUGGUUCCAACGUUAAUCAAAUUCCAGAAGGAAAGGUAAGUGUUGCUGCAAUGUCGAAAAUGUUUGAGUCAAAUCAGCGGAUUGAGGGAACCGCGAGGCAUAUAGUGGAGGAGCCGCAAAUCGGAUUCUCAAGUGUUGUGCAAGAUGAGUCGAGUCAUGAAAUGAUGCUGGAAGAACUGGUAGAUGAGAGUCAUUUACGAGAUGAGCAAGUUGCAUCAGAUCUGAGUGACCAACGCAAGGAGGCUUCUAUAUCCUGUGGAUCAAGCCUGAUUGCGAGGUCACCUAAUAGCGAUGAGGUCACACAGCGGUCGGUAAAUCAGGAGAGCCGCGGAAUAUCUGAUGUGAAGGUUGUCCCGGCAAAGGAACAAACGAGUAAUGAUCUGGAGCUUCAAAGACAGAACGAUCUCUUACGGUCUGUUCUUAAAAACCAAGAAACCCUUAAGAAAAAGGUUGACGAUAUGUACCUACAGCCUGGAACGAGGCAAAGUCCACAAGGAGGUUUAUCCCUGGACACAAGUCGGAACGACCGGCAAAUCAGUACUGGGAUUCAAGUUUCGUCUAAUCCACAACAAACGGAUGCAGUGCCUGACAAAACUGAUGUGACGCUUAGUGCACAGAAACAAAUGCAAGAUGUAAUCAGAGAGAAUCAAGACAAGAUCCUCGCGACCAUUGCAGCUUUAGAAAAACAAUUUGAGAAUGUAACUACGGCCAUUGCAACGGACAAAAAGGACAAAGAGAUUCAGGACGAAAAGCUGAUGUUGUUGCGCACUUUGAUAACAGACGAGCAGAAUAAGUACACCGAACAACAAAAGAUACUUAACGAACAUGAGCGAAAAAUUCUUGCUACACAACAAAUGGCCUCAGAAAAGCGAGCAACACGCCCUUCUUCCCGCUUUUCUAGCUCCCCUGUAUCCCCUCGCAAAUAUCAUGACGAGGCUCAUUUAAAACGAGAUUUCCACCAACAACCGGUUCAGUUUAAAAUGCUGGAGGAUCGAUUAAAAUCAGUUGAGGCUGAAAGAUCUGCGCUUCUGGAGCUGAAUUCAUCACUACACGAUGAAAACGAUACUCUCAAGAGAUUAGCCUUCAGUCAGAACAAUGCUGAUACAUCUGGAGCAAUUUUCAAGAAACAAAAUGCAGAACUUUCAGAAAGCAAUAAAAAUUUGAAAUCUUUAAUUCAUCGGCUAAACAUCGAAUUAAGUCGCUACCAAGCCAAAUACAGACCGCCGCGAAGUGACGAAAUUGAAGGACUCUCCCUUCCGCAAGAAGGUCCCAUUCCAGAAUGGCUGGUGAAUAUCAAAUACUUGUCACCCUUGAUCAUGGCUUAUGAUGACAGAAUAAAGGAUAAAAACGAGGUCAUUUGUGCGUACGAGGAUCAUUUGGGCUCUUUUAAAACCAGGAUGCAAGAAAUUGUUAAAGAAAAUCAAACACUUCACAUGAUGGCUAGCGAAAAGUCAGACCAGAGUGAUGCCGUGGCGGUUGAUGAAUGGAAUGUUUUGCAAGAGCAAGCGAAGUUGGUCGUGGACGAGAACGCCAUCCUAAUGCAAGAAAUCGAUUUAAAGGACAGAAGAAUUUCCGAAAUUCUAGAUGAUCAUCAGCUAGAAACUUCACGUUUUACGAAACGAGUGCGUAUUUUGGAAAAUGAGAAACGAAACCUGCAAAUGAAAAUCACAGCCUUGCAAAUUGAUAACGAGGCAUGGAAGAAAAGACAUGACGAGGCUGUCUCUGAAUCAGAAAAGAAAAUUACUGAGGAAGAGGCGAAAAGAAGAAUUGAACAAGUCCAGAGACCUCUGGAACAAAAAAUGGAAUACAUGGAAAGAAGCAAAGAUGAUUCCUCAUUCAGAUUUCAGGCAUUAAUGAAAGAGAAGCAAGAAUUAGCUAUCAAACUCACAGAUGCCAGUGCAACGGUUUCUCGACAACAGAUGGAAAUGGAUUUGCUCUCGAAAUCACUGAGAAAAGCCGAAAAGAAGCUAGUUGUCAUGGACAGAAAAAUGGGAACAGUGAAAGAAAAAGAAAUGAUAGCGACCGAAACCCUGAGGCAGGUUCUGUCAGUGGCCGAGGAAAGCUCCAAAGAAAGAGACGUUUUUGCUAAACUGAUUAAAUCACAAAAUAACGAAACUAUAAUCAGCUAUAAACAAAAGAUCGAGAAUGAGAAAAGACUGGAACACCAGAGAAAAGAAUUGGAGAAGUACAAAGAAUUAGUUAAGAGGAAGUCAGCCGAAGUUUUGGAAAGAGUGAAGGAAAAGGACGAAGAGAUUUUGAAUUUAAAGAAUAAUUAUGAUCAAGAAAUACAUAAUCUGAGACAAAUUAUUGCUAGCAGGCAAAAUAUUCUGGAUUAUGUACAAACAAACAAAAGCGAAUUUGAAAACGAAAUUGACGAAUUGUGGAAGUCGAUAACAGAGGAAAACAAAGAGCUUAAAAAAUCCUUAAAUAAUUAAGAUUUAUUAUUUUAAAACGAAUUUUGAUUUUAAUGUACAUAAUCUGUAAAUAAACUUUGCAGUACGUAGAAAGCUAAGAAUUGGGGUUAAAAUAAUAAAUUUCGGUAUUGUUUUUAAAAUGUAAAUAAUAUUUGGUAAUUUAGCUGAUAUUAGCUGGUAAUAUAUUCUAGUUUCUAUCCAUGUUUUGGAGAUGUUUAUGUUUUUUUAAAUUUUUGUCUUUGAAAACCUGUAUAUCAAGUGCAACAUCGUGAAGAUGGAAAUGGGCAAUUAAAUGCAAGUUAAAGCUUAAGGAAAUUUUAGUAGAAAGCAAGCUUGAAUUGUCAAGCAUUAAAGGCACAGCUUCUAAAUAUUGCAUAGAUCAAUUUAAGUUUAUGAGACAAUUUUUAGCAUCUAGUUAAUGGAAACUUCCGUUAUUAGAUAUCUGUUUCUAAGCAAAAAUGUUCUUAAACGACGCAUUAAAUGAUUUUACGAAUCGAAAAUUUUUGAAACUUUAAAGAUACGACGGUUAUUGAGGUGACAUAAGCCGUGGCUUGAAAAUUUUGUAGUCUUGUUUAGUACGUCGCAUGACCGUUGGCAUCUUGGCUGUUUACACUCUCGAAAUACAUUUUGAUAAACAGAAUUGUCGAUUUGCUGGAUAAAGCGUUUGAUUUUUUGGACAACUUCCAAGUUGGUGAUCCAUAGUUUUAACUGAAAGUUCUUCUUCUCAAUCUCCCAAAGCUUUAUGUUCCAGCUGGGGUAAUAAGUGUUUUCCAAAUAUAUAGAGCAGAUUCUUCCUAACAUUAAAAUACCAACAGUGUAUUGUAUUUCUGCAUCUCCGUGCUUUUUUUAAACAACGAGAAGGUACGUUGCUCUCUAGCCACUUCUCUGGAGUUUUCAGAUCUAUGUUAAUUAGAUUUUUAGCAUCAUUCAGUAAACAUGAAACAGAUAUGUUAUGUACUGCCAGUGUGGGAAAUUAUGAUUUGAAUUAAAAAUAAAAGGGGACCAAGAUAUGAUCCUUGUGUUGCAUCAGCAAUUAUUCUUUAAAUUUCAAAAGCUAUGCAUUUAAUCCUGCAUCGUUUUUUACGUUUAAACAAGAAGGUAUUUCGAGAAAGAAGCUAUUAGAGUUACCACUGCCGAAUACCUUAGCAAAAUUAUUUUUAUGACAGAGAAUGACAUGUUUAACAUUAUCCAUGCCUUUUUAAAGUCAAGAAAAACUAGUCCUAUUAGUUUUCUUAGACCCUGCACCUUGUACCACUUAUCGGUAUUUCGAGUAGGCAUAAUGGAGGCCAGAUCGAUCGCAUGAGAAUAAGUCAUUUUCUGGCACCACUGACCGACUUGAAGUUUUUCAAAGAACAGGCAAGUGAGAUUGAUUUGCCUGCUUUAUCUCCUUCUUUGAAUAUUACGGUAGCCUUGCUCAUUUCCACAAGUCUGGGAACUAACUUGUUUCGAAUUUGCAAGCCUAUAGCCUUGAGAAAAAGAAGUAUUUCAGCUUAUCAGUUGUUUCUAAAAAUGUUAAGCCUAAUAGCCUGGAAAAAAGUGGAAAUUCAAUGCGUAGAGUAAUUUCUAAAGAUCAAAAGCACAAAGCUUUCAGAAAUUUGUUAGUGUUAAUUCAUAGUAGUUUAUAGAAAAUGUUAGCCCGUACAGUCAAAAAGUCUAUAGUUCAAAAACAUAGCAUUUUCUAAAAAUCGCAAGUCUAUAUAGUCUUGACAAAUGUUUUAAUUUAAAGCAAUUAGCAAAUUCUCAAUAUUGUAAGAAUAUGGUCUUGAUUCAUUGGGAAUUUCAAAAUGCCAAUAUU